AUGGCUCUAGACCGGACCGAUGUACAUCUCGGUGAUAUUAACGCCUAUCUAACACAAUUAGACAUCGAACGAGACCCGGUUCUAAAGGAGAUGCGACCCACGGUGACCGGUAGUUACAGGGAGUUCCUACAAGCCCGUGAUGAUAUCAGGGACUACUUGAAAGAAUUUGCACCAGAGAUUACCCAGGAACAACCUAAGCCAUCCAAUGGCCCCAGUCUCAACCAUGGGAACACAUGGCCGCAGAACCCGACUGCACCUUCACAAGCCGGACUGGACUACCAUAACAAUCCUUACCAUACUCCCCAGGGGCCACGGAAAUCAUCGUCCCUGUGGACUCGUUCUAAGUGGUGGUAUCACAAAAAAGAAACUGCAGCAAAGAUGACAAGGUUGGAAAGUUUCAGGCAGCACUUCAAUGCCAUCCAGCUGACUCUUAUUGCGAGAAAGAUGGAGCAACAGAAAUUGUCAGUGGAAUCACUGCGUCGGGCUGUUGAUGGCCUCACCCUGAAGCCUGCGUACCUCGAAUAG